AAGAGAUCAAACAAGUAUGUCGUAUAGUUUAUAGUCGCCAAAAAUCAUGUCGCAAGUGUAAACUAUGUGCGAGAUUUGAUUCGCGUAUCACGAGUCGAAUCGAGGUGUUCAUUUUAUUUUUAUUAUUACUUAAUGACGCUCUCGUUGAGAAACGACCUUGUCGGAUAACUGCGGGAUGAAAGUGUAUAGUUGACUUGAAAAGUAAUUAUACUCAAUUUCGAUUUCCUCGAUCGAUUAAUUUUGCUCGAUGGGAAAUACAAAAAAGAGUUCUCAUUAACUUUAAAAACAAAUUGUUUCCGGAAAAAAAAUUUUUGAUUUUUUUUUUAUUUUCUAUGAAAAAGAAAAGCAGCGAAUGGAAGUGAUCAAUGGAUAUUUUCCCCCAACAAAAAGAAAUUUUCUUAAUUAUUAUUCAUCACGAAAAAGGGAAACGAAGCAAUGCUAAUAAUCAAAGCGGAAGUUUUCGAUGAUAGUGACGAAAAUAACGAGUUUAACAUUAGAAAAAGAAAAAAAAUUAAGACGUGAAAGUUAUUAUAACGUUGAGUGUUUAUUUCCGAGUGUGUUGCACUUUAUCAUCAAACAGGUGUCAUUGUCAUUGAGUGCAAGUGAAAAUAAUAAUACUAAAAUAUGCAGAUGAGAGGAAAUCUCAUUCAUUGUAAAGAAAGCUGUGAGUUUUCAGUAAAAUAAAAAAAAAAAAAGAUCAAACGGAUAAAGGAGAAGUCUCCUUUUUUUUGGGCAACUGGAAUGCAGAAUAAGAUGCAAAACUUUGCAAACGUGUUCAAGAAGAAGGCGAACAAAGCAUCGAGUGGACCACCAUCAGUCAGUGCUCCUCCACCUCCAACACUCAUAAAUAAAAUCAAGUAUCAACCUGGAGUGCCAGUUAUCAAAAAGGAUAAACGACAAAGCAGCUCGAGAUUCAAUAUAUCAAAGAAUCGGGAACUACAGAAACUACCGCUCUUAACAGAAGCGCAACAGGGUAACGAAAGUGAACAGCUCUUUAUUCAAAAGCUACGACAGUGUUGUGUUCUUUUUGAUUUUGAAUCCGAUCCUCUGUCAGACUUGAAAUGGAAGGAAAUAAAGCGUGGGGCACUUCACGAGAUGGUGGAAUAUGUCACCGAAAACAAAGACGUCAUUACCGAAGCCAUAUAUCCCGAGGCAGUGAGCAUGUUUGCCGUGAAUCUUUUUCGUACAUUACCACCGUCAUCGAAUCCAAAUGGAGCGGAAUUCGAUCCCGAGGAGGACGAGCCAACGUUGGAAGCUGCAUGGCCACAUUUACAAUUGGUUUACGAAUUUUUCCUACAUUUUCUCGAGUCACCUGAUUUUCAACCAACAAGCGCAAAACGCUAUAUUGAUCAUAAAUUUAUUCUACAAUUACUCGAACUUUUUGAUUCGGAGGAUCCACGCGAGAGAGAUUUUCUAAAAACAACAUUGCACAGGAUUUAUGGAAAAUUUCUUGGCCUUCGUGCUUACAUUCGAAAGCAAAUAAACAAUGUUUUCUAUAGAUUUAUAUAUGAAACGGAACAUCAUAAUGGAAUUGCGGAGCUACUUGAAAUUCUUGGAAGUAUUAUCAAUGGCUUUGCGUUACCUCUGAAGGAGGAACAUAAAGUUUUUUUGCUCAAGGUCCUUUUACCGCUGCAUAAAGCAAAAUCAUUGUCAGUUUAUCAUCCACAAUUGGCAUAUUGUGUUGUACAAUUUUUGGAAAAGGAUCCAUCACUCACCGAACCAGUUAUCAGAAAUCUCUUAAAGUUUUGGCCAAAGACACACUCCCCAAAGGAGGUGAUGUUCCUCAAUGAACUCGAAGAGAUUUUAGACGUAAUAGAACCGGCUGAAUUUCAAAAAGUCAUGGACCCGCUUUUUAGACAAUUAUCCAAAUGCGUUUCAUCGCCACAUUUUCAGGUGGCCGAGAGAGCUCUCUAUUAUUGGAAUAAUGAAUAUAUAAUGUCAUUAAUUUCCGACAAUUAUUCUGUUAUUUUGCCGAUCAUGUAUCCAGCAUUGUAUAGAAAUUCACGGAAUCAUUGGAACAAAACAAUACACGGACUAAUUUAUAAUGCUUUGAAACUUUUUAUGGAAAUGAAUCAAAAAGUAUUUGAUGAAUGCUCACAACAAUACUGCCUGGAUCGUCAAAAGGAGAUGAAACUUUUUAAAGAGAGAGAUGAAGCGUGGUCAAAAGUUGAGUCUCUAGCGAUGAGGCAUCCAAAUUAUAAUUCGACAAAUAAAGUGGUACAAAAUAAAUCUCAUCCACCAACUCAACAAGAGAAUGCACCACCCGAUGAAGAUGGCGAUAACGAUCAAACACCAUUGACGUUAGAGAAAAUCGAAGCAAAAGCCAAUGAGGCAAAGAAGAUGACAAAUACAAAUAAAUCGAAACCAUUGCUGCGAAGAAAAAGUGAAUUGCCGCAGGAUUCUUAUACAAUGAGAGCGCUCUCUGAUCAUAAACGUGCUGAUGAAUAUCUCGUGACACCUCCAGAUUCAAACAACUGCUAGUCCCUACCUCAUGACCUUCCGAUUCGUCCGCUCUUUUGCUGUCCUACUAUCGGAAGUUGAAAUUCUUUCAAAGGAAAAGGAAAAUGGAAACCAGCAGCUAAAGAAAAAAAAUGGAUAAUCUUUGGAUAUAAAAGUAAGCAUAUUUACCAUCUUGUACGCAAAAAAAAAAAAAACAAAUAUCGUCUUCCGACUUAAUUAAUCAGCAACAAGAGAAUCCAGAAUCAGAGGCAUAAAAAAAUAAUAAAAGUGCAGUAAUAAUGUGUCAGCGAUUAAAAUCAUAUCUUCUCUACUUUUUUUUCUCUUUCACUUUUAUUGGACAGUCGAGCAAACCAUUGUGUUUUGCGAUUAUCCAUACCUCGGCAUUCCAAAAAAAAAAAAAAAAAAAAAAAAAAAAAAAUGGCAGUGACAAAAAAAAAACCCCGGAAAAAAUAACUCAAUUCUGGGAAUUAUUUUUUUUUAGAGAUUCAACUCUCUUUUUCUUUCUCUCUAGCUUUUUUUCAGGACGCAGUUUAAAAAAAAAAACGUCUGGCGGUUUUCAUUUUUAAUAAAAAAAAAGUCCGUGGAAAAAAAUAGAUUUUAAACGUGAAACGAACUAGAAAAUAAUAUUAAAGGAAAAAAAAUACAUUGCCAACUCUCGGCGUGCUUCAGUCGCUUGCAUGUGUCUUAGGAUAGUUGACUCACAUCUUUAGAUAACAAAUUGCAAUUUACAGAAAAAAAAAAAUAAAAAUCUCUCUUGUUUCUACCUCCAUUUUUGAUGUAGUCACUUUUAUCUCCAUUAUAGAGAAUUACAAUAUUGUGAAUAUAAAUUUUCUGGUUAAAGAAAAGAAAAAUUUAGAAGGCAAAGCAUUGUUGAUUCAUUGGCUAUUAUUAAAUACUAGAAAUUUGUUUCUAUUAUUUAAUGUUAGCUAAUGUAUUGGGAAAAAAAGGAGAAUAUUCUCUCUGCUGGCAGGCUGUUAAUAAUAAUUACCGAUAUAAACUUGUUGAAAAUAAAAAAACUAAACUCUUGUAGAAAUAAACUAUUGCGAUUUUAAAAUGACAAAACGGAGAUAAAAGGGUUUCACUUAGCCAUUCACUAGCAAAUUUUAUCAAUUAAUUUUUUCGUCAAAUUUCGCAUUCAAGGCAAAAAAAAAAAAAAAAUGACACAAAUUUUGAAAAACGUAAAUGUCUAAAAAUUCUUCAGUAAAUUUUAUUUUUGUUUUUAUUUCAAUUCAAACACAAUUAAAAAUUAUAUUUUUCAAUUCUUUUCUUUAAAAAGUGAUCCAAAAUUUUUAAUUUGGAAAACAAUUUCUUAAUUUAGUUAAUUAAUAAUUAAUUUUGAUUUAAUAAAAAUUAAAUUAAAUUUUAAGUUAAAACAUUUGACGAAAAAUGAAAAUUGAGAGAUUGCUAGGAUCUUUUUUAAAAAAAAGAAUAAAUAAAAAAGGAAAAAAAACACUCCUCUACGAGUUGAUUAUUUGGUAGACUAAUUAUUAUUAUUAUAUUAAUAUUAUUAAAUGUUAAUAUAAAUACACACACACACGAAAGAAGCUAGCAAUAUUUUAGAGUUUUAAUGUGACUGGAGUCGCGUCAUUUAUAUUGUUGUGGUGUAAACUGAUCUAUGUUAUAAAAAAAAAUGAUACAUCACAUUUUAUAUACAUAUAUAUAAAUAUAUAUAUCAAGUUUAAAAUGAAAAAACAAAGAAACAAACUAUAUAAAAGAGAAAACCACAAGACUUAUUAAAAUGCUAAAAAUAAUAAAAAUGUAAUAAAUCGUCGUGCGUGGCAGCUCCCCCUAUGGCUUUUUUUGAAAAAAAAACCCCCAAAAUGAAAUUGUAUAAAUAUUUGAAAAGAAAUACCUAUAAUUGAAAAAAAAGCUUUCCCAGAAAAAAUCUAUAAAAAAAAAAAAAACAAAAGCUGCCUGACAUCUUUGUAUUUUAGUCAUUGUGCUUCGUACCGCCAGAGUUUUUCCGUGCGUUGCGCGAUAGAGUUUAAGACAAAUUUUCACACUCUCAGAUCUGCUCUUCUUGCGAAACCGAUUUCUCAUUUUUUUUUUUAUUUUAUCUAUUUCUCUCAAAAUUUUUAUUUUAAUUUUCCUGUAAAUUUAUAAUUUUUCAGAAAAUUAAUUUUAUUUUCAAAAAAAUUGAUUUUUCGUAAAAUUAAAAUGUAUUUCCUUAAAAUUUAAUUUUUCGGAAAACUUUUGAUUUCACUGAAAAUUAAUUUUUGAAAAUAGAAUUUAAUUUUUUUGAAACUUUCAAAAAUUGAAUUUCCUGAUAAUUUAAUGUUUCACAUAAUUAAUUUUCCAUUGUUGGAACACAUUUUUAAAUUUCAAUUAAUUUUAAUCUAAUGUUACGAUGUUUAUCUUUAUUUUAUUUUAUUUUUUAAAAAUAUUAAUUCAAACUUGAGAAAUGUAAUAUAAUUUUAAAUAUUUUAAUGUCUUCUUUUCGUUUGUUUUUGAUUCGUUGAAAAAAGUGAGAUUAAUUUCUUUUUUUUCGAAAACAUUGAAAUAAUUUUUCAUCAUUUUUUGUUUAUAUAAGUUUGGCGAGUAGAGAAAUGUUUCUCGUCAAGAUCGAGCCGAUUUGAGCUGUAAAUACUGUGUAAAUAAUACAGCUUCGUUCGAACGAACAUUUUUCUUUUGAAAUGAUAAAAAAAAAGGAAAAGAAAUGCGUGAUUCUAUUUUCGAAUUUUUCCAUUGUUCCGCUAAAAAGGAUGUAGGGGGUCGUGGCGAUUAUGUAAUUUCAUUUUUACAAAACUUUUAUUUUUUUCAAAAUUAAUAUAUAUAUAGAAUCAUUAUUAAUAUUCCCAUCGAAUUAAAUUAAUUUCUUUAUUUUAAAUAUUUUAAUUAACUAAAUAAAUUAUUUUAUUCUUCUGUGCUUUAAUAUGUUUGAAUUUUCUUUUUUUAUUUCUUUUUUAUAAAGAAUGUAAGAUGUACAAUUUCUCUUCUAUCUGAAAAAUCAAAUUUUAAAUUUCUAAUUUUCACAGUGAUAAUGAAAUAAAAAUAGAAAUCAAUUAAAAAUUAAAUUACAAAAUCGUAUUGAGAAAUUGUUGUAUUUUUUUCUGUCCAUUUUUUUUUUUGUUUCUCUUAAAACUUCGUAUGUGAAGGGAACUUUUGUUUUUUAAAGAAAAAUGUCUCUUAUUAUUAUUUUUUUUUAUUAGCGUUUCUUUACUGCGUAAAUGUCAUGAUUUGUAAUCGUAACGAUCGGAGCAGUAGAUAUAGUGGCCUUUUUGCAUGAAUUUAUAAGAGUAUAAUAGUGUUAAUGUUAAGCUUCGAAAUGUAACUUUUGUAAAUCCUUUAAUCGGGUACUUUGUAUUAGGCUCUUCUCGCCUUUUGAGGAUCAUUCGUCGAUUUAUCAAAAUGAGCAAUUAACACUCUUGCGGAACGAAUAUACAUGAUAAAUUAUAUAUUAACAUAACGCUACAAAGAAAAAAAAAACAAAAAAAAAAAAAAAUCCACAGCGAAAUUUUUCGAUUGUGGAUAUGCAGUAUUAAAGCGGAUAUCCGUGCUGAGAUUUUCAAUCAAUUCAAAAUACCCACUAUUCUGUAGAUUAUUAAUUAUCAAAUAGGACAUCAAGUACACACCAACUUGAGUUAGUAGAUAUAUUUUUUUUCUUAAUUAUUUUUCUUGUUAUAAAUUUAUUUUUUUAUUAAUUUUUUUUUAAAUUGUUUUUAAUUUCUUUUUUUCGUUAAAGACUAUUUUUUUAUUUGUAGCAAAAAAAAAAAAAACAAUAUUAUUGCUUCGUGUAUUUUAUUUCCAAUUUUCUGAGUCGACUUCACUACAAUCCACACGUGCAGUAUCCUCUUUUUGGGCACUCGAGAGUUUCUCUCAGUUAUUUGUUGAAGGCACAGUGCAUAGUUUUAUAGUAAAUAAAGAAUUACUACAAAA